UCUUCCGAUGGAAGAUAUGAAGGACGGUGAAGAAGCAAGCGUACACGCGUCGUCCAAGAAGUUUAUCGUCAGCGAGUGUAACUUAGUACUUGUAGAUGGAGUGGUUGGCCGAGCACUUCAACUUAGAGGUCGCCAGGAGAAGAGCACGGGUAAUGAACUCCUAUACCGAUGGCAGUUACCCGCAAUCGCAUCAUCUCCAUUAAUGUUCGAGGUGAAGACAGGCGGUUCUGCCCACAUUGCGUUAUCCAGGAAGAAAAAGUAUUUGCCAAAUAUGUACGAAGUUGUCAUCGGUGACACCUCUGAGAUUCGUCGCACAGAAGACAGCAAGAUAGCAGUACAAACACCAGGUAUUUUAGACCAAAACGUAUACAAGCAAUUCUGGAUCUCCUGGACGUACCUGGACAGUGGUAAUAUAAGCAUUGCGGUCGGGAAGGAAGAAGAUACGGUUCCAUUCAUGCAGUGGACUGACCCUUCGGCACCCCUUUCUAUCAACUAUGCUGGGUAUAGCACCGACUCACAGAACGGAUAUUGGAAAUUUGGGGAAGAAUGCCAAGCCAGUGUUGAGUCUGCAGGUUAUGUAACAGAUGCUUCUGAGACAUUCAGCAUCCUUUUGUGGGCGAAAUUUAAGUAUCCAUUGAAGGGUGGAUACUUUGCCACAACGUAUUCAAGUCCCACCUCUUGUGGACUUUCUCUUGAGGUAAGAUGAUUUUAUAGCAUUUCUGCACGUUUUGAAUAGGCAAAGUGACCAAUCUCAGACUAAGGCGUAAGAGUAGCGCUCUUCUUCAAUAGCAGGUAGUGUAAUGUGGCGUUGCCAUGGCGCAUUUUUCAAAGCACACUUGUUUGGAAAGCACACAGGUCGGACCCCAUGUCUUCUCGAGUGUGGUGGGUCCAUUUGCCUGUAGAGUAGAGCUACAGGCAAGUGUACCUAAAGAAAUUUCAGGUACAGGUACAGGUACACAGGUCACAUAGUGUUUUGUGUGGGACAUUUAACCACAAGCACUGUCUCUCUGAACAAAAUAUGUUAAUGU